AUCAGCAUUUGUGUUGUUCCCAACACUUCCUCUGACUAUUCUUUUGUGUAGUUUAUCUUACAAGUGCAGAAAAAUGGUGUGGAUGGAUUGUUGCAAAUUUCCCAACUGAGAGUCAGCUUGGUUCUUGAUGGUUGAGGAGAGAAAUGAUCACCCCCACUCUGGUGUUGCCUAUCCACCUCUGAUUCAUUUGAAACCAACAACACCAAACCACCUGACCACCAUGGAUGCUACAGCUCAGCCGCUUGCCAACUACACCCCACUCUGCUACUCCAUCAGCACCCCUCCAUUCAAACACCUCCCCACCAUCGCCUCAGCCUACUUCUCAUCCAUCUUUUGCACUUUGGGUCUCAUCUCUAAUCUCAUUGCCUUCAUAGUUCUCCUCAACUCCUUCCGUCGGGCACGUACCCGCUCACGCUCCUUCUUCCUGAUCUUCCUGGGUGGCCUGGUGGUCACUGACUUCAUGGGUCUUCUGGUCACAGGCUCCAUUGUAAUCUCCUUCCAUGUGACACACUUUAAUUGGCAAAAGUUGGAUCCGAACUGCCAUUUCUGCAACUUCAUGGGUAUGUCCAUGGUUUUCUAUGGACUAUGCCCACUCCUGCUUGGUGCCACUAUGGCUGUGGAGCGCUUCAUUGGCAUUAACCGUCCAUUUGCACGCUCCAACAGCAUGCCAAAGGGCCGUACAGUCUUCAUGGUGCUCACGGUGUGGUUUAUCGCCGGUUGCAUAGCUUUGAUGCCCCUAAUAGGCAUUGGGAGCUACCACAUGCAAAUGCCCGGCUCCUGGUGUUUUUUCAACAUCAGCCCUGAGGGAUAUGACAUGGCCUUCUCCCUGCUCUUCUCAGUGGUUGGAUUGACGUCCAUCACUGUGUCAUUUUUGCUGAACACAGUGAGCAUUGUGACCCUGAUGAAGGUGUGCUGUGGACAGGAUAGGAUCCAGCGUCGCCGAGAUCAUGAAGUAGAGAUGAUGGUUCAGCUCAUCCUCAUCAUGGUUAUUGCUUCAAUCUGCUGGUGCCCACUCCUGGUCUUUAUUGCACAAACUGUGUUGUCUGGAGGUCCCCUCCAGAUCAAAUACCUACUGCUAUGGAUCCGAUUCGCCACCUGGAACCAGAUCCUGGAUCCAUGGGUAUACAUCCUGUUUCGACGGGCAGUUCUUAAGAGAAUCUACCCCCGCUUCGACUGGUCUCGGAGCUCCAUCAUGACCUUGUACCCGUCUUUCAGCCACACUGUCCGAAGGUUCACACGCUCUUCACUUGCGACCAGCCUGGACACAGAUGAAACAGGAGACAAGCGAAAAUCAAACAUGACACCCCCAUCCACACUGAAGCCAUCCAAUCCUUCUCCAUGACUGUUUGGAUUUAAGUUUUUGCAGCAGACUGAGUGGCAUCAUUGGAGUUGCAGUUUGUGUUUGACUGCUCUGAUAAGUUCUCCUGUUAACUGAACCAGGAUAAGUAGGUGGAUUGGACCAAAAAUCUGAAAGGAUUGCUAUUUUAUUGCAUACCACUGAAAUGUUUAGCUGUAUUAGCAAUGACACUUUAAUUUAGAGAAUGGAGAGCAGGGGCUGAUUGGACACUUUUUAAGGAUCAAACCUGCAAAAUACAGUCUCUGUCACCAUUCAACAGAGCACUGCAGUCAGCUAAAACAUAUUUAAAGAUAUCUACAUGCACUGCUCUUUCUACAUAUGCUGGUCCAUCAAGUGCUUUUAUGAUAUUUCAGUUUCAAACAACUUCAGCAGUGGAAAGGGCCACUCUGUGGACAGUCAGGUGACUGUUUUAAUGUGAUACGUCAUGCUGGUAGGCUUUUAUACCUUUAAGCUGAUGUAGACUUUGUUCGGACGCUCUUGAGUGUCAUUUUAGACCCACGAAGAAUUAUUUAGUUCUGUUUUCAAGCUUGUGUAAGGACUGUUCAUGUAUUGAUCCCUUUCUGAAAGUACCUUGAAACUGUCUAGAGAACACCUUGAAUUUUGAAGGAUAGUAACAGUGGAACUGUUGAUCCACAGAUCAUCUAACCCUGCUGUUUGAAUCGUACAGGUGCUAAAAAGUUAACAUGCUUUGACUACGGUGAAAUAUAGCUUAGACUGCUGUAGGCUUUCCAGCACACUCCAUUUCAAGAAUUUAUAGAUAACAGUGCAUGAAUUUUCUGUGUUGAAUGUUCUGAUGAUGCAUGCAAAUCAAACCAAACUCUCAAGACUUUGCAAAGAUCAGUUAUUUUUUACUUUUUUCAGAAUACCUUAAUUGGAGCUUUGGUUCAGUCCUCAUGCUUAUCAUUAAUGGGCAUAUCCAGGUUUGACUGAAGGGAAAGAAAAGAAAGAAAGCGUAUGCAGACAAGACUGUCAUUGUUGAAACAAAUUGUGAUUAUUUAGGCAGACCCUGAAAAUGCAAAGUUUAUGCUGUCAGUGGUAAAACAAGCUAUUCCACUGCCAACUUUAAAAUAUAUAAACAAAAUGUAGGCUAACGGUAAUAGUAAUAAUUUGAGAUGUAUGAAACUGCAUUAAAUGUCAUAUUUGCAUAAAUAGUUUGAAAUCCCGAUCUGCCAAAGAAAAAAAAUGCUUGGCAUUAGCUUUUAAGUAUUAAUGAUAUAAAGAUCUGAGAAAGUGUAAAUUGUAAAUUGAAGAUUUCAGGUUAAGAUAUCUUUGACAGUGUUAUGUAUGUAUGUAUGUAUGUAUAUAUAUUACUCGAUAAGUGUUACCAAUUUCUCACUGUGCCAUUAGUUUGGUUCCUUAUUUGAAACUGUGAGAUCACCAAAAAAUUUAAAAACAAAUAUUUUCUCAUAUACCAUUAUUGAUGUCUAACCAUGAAGGUAGUUGCAUGUUUUGACUGCCAAGGUUUUGAGAUAUCAGCCUCAGGCAUUUCAGCAUUGGAGGUGACAGGAAGUUUAUUUGUGUUGCUCACACUGAUGGAUAAUUACAUAUAAAAACAUUUCACAAAAACAUGACUGCAAGUGAGAAAAAUUGCAGAAGGUUAAGUGCAAAUCUAUGUAAAGUUAAUUGGGGGAAAUUGGGUAAACUGACUCUUUAAAAAAAAGGUUUACUCAGUUCUUUUGACUCGAAGCUAUCAACAAAACAAUAAACAGAGAGUGGCCGAUGAUAUAGAGGUUGGAUAGUGCAAUUCAACCUGAUCAUUUGGACAGUGUAAUGACAAACAUUUUACUGUAGACACAUUUUAAUAAAAAUGUCAUAUGAUAUUAUAAUUAUAUAAUAAGUUAUUAUAUUACAAUAAAACUGAAACAGCCAUUUCUUGCUCUACUUAAUCACUCAGACACCCAGCUGUUCACGCUGUUCUGUUUCUUAACAUUGUAUUAUCAGUCAUAUUAGUCAAAGUGUCAUUCAAAUACCCAACAAAUCACUGAACCAGUCAUUGAUAUGGUUAAGAUGUGUUUUGCUUUAACUCCUUUGCAAUAUCAUCCUGUGAAAUGAAGUGUAAGUGUUGAAUGUGCUUGAAGAAAUAGCAUGUUAUUGUGCAUCUAAAUAAAGGAUUCAUAAAAUACAGAAAAUCAAAUAUCUUUU